UAUAAGCUAAAUUGGAAGUGUGCUUAUCGAUUGAUGCUAGAGCGCAAACUCCGCAGUAUCGUUGUGCAGAUACCUCUCAGUCCCUGCUCAAACACGGCGAUGGAAAGAAUGGGAUUGUUAAAAAAGAGAAUGGUAUAUCCGGUGCAAUUGGAGCUAAACAAAAUGUCAUCCGAUAAACCGAGUAUAGGAUCCUGGUGCGACGGUGAUCACAGCUUGCUCUGUAGCCCGAACAACUCUAGUGAGCGGUUGCUAUCGGUUACAGGAGGAUCUAGAGUCGCGGACCCCGAUCCUUUGGCGGGCCUCGAAGAGUUGGAAAAGCUUUACGAGAAAGUUCCUCACCUCACCAAAGACAGUGAGGAAGAAAGAAGCAACUAUCGCGGGAUUUGCGAGUCUGGGAGCAACACUUACACUCUUCACUCGAACGGUCAGCUGUUCAUCCAGGAAAGAAUGCAGCAUCUUGUACGCGCGUUCACCGAACGAGCGCAGCGAAUUCGUCGACGUCUCGAUUUCCCACCAACUCCUUCGACCGCCAGCAGCGAGCAAGGAGACAACUGCAACUGCGCGAACGCGACGCAGGCUGGAAUAUCAACGACAAUUCAGGACGACAACGGCUGGUCGAGUACGGACGAUCAACCUCGGAGUUUGUGGUGGCGUUUAAAAAACAUCGAUUGGAACAGAUCUAUAGAUCCACAAAGUUACACUUAUAUUUACUGGUUGCUGAGCGUCACACUAUGUUUCACUUACAAUUGUUGCGUUAUUCCGUUGCGGAGCACGUUUCCGUAUCAAAAUACGAAGAACACUGUGAUCUGGCUCGUUUGCGACUAUGUCGCUGACCUCUUCUACCUGGUUGACAUUGUCGUGGUCAGACCGCGCGUGAUGUUCUUGGAAGACGGUUUCUGGGUAAAAGAUCCAAGGCUCACGAGGAAAAACUAUAUGAGGAAAUGGCAAUUCAAGAUGGACAUUCUAUCGCUGCUGCCCCUGGACGUUUUGUAUUUCACUUACGGAUACUGUCAGCCUCUUCUUAGGAUCCCUAGAUUCUUGAAGAUACAGACAUUCUGGGAAUUGUACAACUGUAUGGACAGCGUGCUGUCGAAUCCUCACGUGGUCCGCAUCGCGCGAACGUUAUCCUACAUGCUUUACCUCAUCCACAUCAACGCCUGUGCCUAUUACGCUUUUUCCGCUUGGGAAGGCCUCGGUAGCAACGGUUGGGUAUUCAAUGGCUUUGGAAACGCAUAUAUAAGGUGCUUCUACUUCGCGACCAAGACGGCAACGUCUAUCGGCAAGAACCCGAAACCAGAGAACGAGUACGAAUACAUGUUCAUGACUGCAAGCUGGUUGAUGGGGGUAUUCGUCUUCGCUCUACUGAUUGGUCAGAUUCGCGAUAUAAUAACGACGGCGACUUACUCGAGAACCGAAUACCGAAAGCUGGUCGACGAAACACUGGAGUACAUGCGUCGGUUAAAUUUGCCCCGGGAGCUUCAAGAGCGGGUGAAACUCUGGUUCACGUUCACUUGGGAACAGCAGCACACUCUUGACGAGGGCAGGAUAUUGGAUUCACUGCCAAUAAAGAUGAAGACCGACGUGGCAAUAAACGUCCACAUCCAGACCCUCAGCAAGGUGCAGUUGUUUCACGACUGUGACGAAGCAUUGCUGAGGGAACUCGUCCUGAAAUUACGCCCGGUGAUAUAUCUUCCCGGUGACACAAUCUGCCGAAAGGGAGAAGUUGGCAAGGAGAUGUACAUCGUGAAGACCGGGCAAGUCCAGGUGAUCGGAGGCCCUUCCGGCGACGAGGUCCUUGCGACAUUAACGGAAGGCUCAGUAUUCGGAGAGAUAAGCCUGUUGGCUCUAAACGGUGGCAACAGAAGAACGGCGGACGUCCGAUCCCACGGUUUUUCUAACCUCUUCGUCCUGAGUAAGUCGGACCUGAACGAGGCCAUCCUGCACUAUCCGGACGCCCAAGAAAUUCUCAAGAAGAAAGCGAGGUCCCUGAUGCGAAAGAACGCCGCACGGGAAAGACCUCUGACGGACUGCGAGUCGGAGGUGAUAAAGCUGGCGAAAGAUCCUCCGAUGGAAAUGCCACGACUGAUAAAAACUGUGCUUCAGGUCGUUUCCGAGGAGUCGAUGACGGCUAGACUCCUGAAAUACGGCUCCCAACGGAGGAUGCGGCGUUACGGCAACAAGAAGAGGGAAGCAGGAGCGAUGAGCUCGAGCCUCUUCAUUCCAGCGUAUCUGCAGGUGGUCUCGGCGAGUAACGAACUGGCGAGAAAGUCUACGGCGAAGCCACCCCGGGCACGACGGAUCAUGCCAAUUACACGACCGAACGCUGUUGCAACAUGUUUGAAGAAGAAUGUGAACGUGAACAAUAACACUAGCCUAUUCUGUCACGAAAGACGCGUCAAGAAAACUACGUCCGAACCCUGCCUCGGCCUCAGAGAUAUCAACACUUUUCAGUGCAUGGUUGUUGUCCACAGAGAGAUGCACUGACGAAAUUAAGAUUGACUAACCAUUCAUCUGUUCGUAAGACGGUCAAGACCGGAGUGAUUUUUGUAGCAUCAUUGUGCCAUCUCUUAGGAUUGAGCAUUUAUUCUUAGAUAUAAUAUUUGUAUCGAGUGUGAUCGAGUGUGAAACGUCAUGUCUAUUUUUACUACUGUAGUGGGACCAUCAUAAUAAUUCAAUAAAUAAAAUAUUCCAUG